AUGAUUUUUAAUACAAAAAAGUCCAGAUUUUGGAGGAAUUGGUAACUUCGUACAUAGGUAUGCAUGAUACAGUUUAUCAUUACAACAAUAGCAAUCAUAUUAAUUAUUCUCUCCACAUUAUUAAUUCUAUUUUAUAUCUCAGACACUUAAAUGUCAUCAUCACAACAAGUCUUUUAAAAUUAAUUUGGUAAAUGGACAAAAAUUAUUAUGUAUCAUCAAAUCAGAAGAGUUCAAUAAACAUUAUUUAGAAGUUAGAACUAAAUAUAAAGAGUUAAUAAAUUAUAUCAAUUAUCUCAGUAAUUCAAAUAAGCUAAUUUUUCAAAACCUUAUCCAUGUUUAAACGAUUUAAUUUACUUAGAUUAGUAUGCUUAUAGUGCUUCAUUUUGUUAUUUAACAUAUGGUAGUGAUGAAAACGAUGAGAUGUAUAAAAAACUUAAAGAUCUUUGCAGUAUUUUAACUGAAGCAGUUUUAAUGAUUGAUCAAGAUUAUGAUAUUAUGUUUGCAUCAACAAAUGAUGUUCAUUUUUUUACAGUUUGGCCAGGUUCUUAUUUGGGUUAUGAUUAUAAUCCAUAAAAAAGAAUUUGGUACACUAAUCAUUUAGAAUAAGUGUCUAAAAAUAAUAUAAAUUAAACAUAUUUUUGUGAACCUCAUAUUCAUUGGACAUGGAAAUUAUUAAUGAUUGCAUAAACAAAAAGUUUACUGGAUAUUGAUGGAUCAUUAGAUGGAGUUAUAGCAUCUCAUGUGAAUUUCAGUUAAUUUAAAUAUUAAGAUGAGGGAAUAAGUUUUACAAUUAUAAAUCCUGAUGGUAGAAUUCUUCUUAGUUAAUUAAAUAUUUCAGAAACUUCUUACAUAUAUGAUUAUAAUUUAACUCAUUUAGAUUAUUAAGAUUAUAAAUAAAUAAUGAAUUAAGCUAAUAAAAGAGAAACAUAAAGUGAUUGUGAUUCUUAGAUUUGGAAAGAUUUUGGUUAUUUAUGCAGGAAGAUACACAAUUCUACAGAAGAAUAACUUAUUAACACAUAAAUAAUGGAUAAUGAAGGUUUAGUUUUAAUUAUGUAAAUUAUUUUUAUAAUAUUAUUAAUUAGUUAAUGUAAAUUAUCAUAAUAUUAGAAAUUGCUUGAAUAAAUGUUUGAAAACUUUGAAAAUGGCAUAUCAUCUAUAUUUUUAGGAACUAUACUAGGUUCAUUUGGAUAUAUGUUUUCAUCUGCACUUAUUACAAGCAUUAUUAUUAUUAUCUUAUUUAAUCCAAUAAUUAGAAUAAUUAAUUAAACAUCUUAAUAUGUAUUUAAAGAGAGUGUUUAUAUGUAACAUAAAUUAUAAAAUUAACUGUAACUGUAAUUCUUUAAAAGAACUUAAUCAAAUACAUUAAUUGAGAAAUUAUAGACUUCUUUUAACUAAUUAAUGCAUAAAUCACUUAAUCCUAAUAAAUCACUUUUAUGUUUAUGGAUUGAGUAAUUUAGAUAUCCUAUUAAAAGAUGGACAUUAAAGAAAAGAGUAAAAAGAAUAAUAAAAUAUCAUUCUUAAUUGUAAAACAAUCAAUUAAAUGGAGAAAUAACAGAUAAAUAAAUUACAUUUGUGUAACAAUUAAUUAAAAGUUAUCAAUUUAAUUAAAGUACACAAAUUUGA